AAUUGAUGACGAACUAAUGUCGAAAAUGCAUGAAUUCAACUUUGAUGUAUAUGUGCAAACGUUAUGUUGACAUAAGGUACAAAACCGUGGAAGUGUGUGCAUAAACAACGGGUUAAAAUGAUCGGCUCAGCUGUAGUGGCUAGGCUACUGUAAGAGGAAGUAGGAAGUGGCCUUUGUGCAGUUUCGGUAGCAAUGCUCCGAGGCUCCUGCGUAAUUAUGACAACGUCUAUUUAACAUGAGGGAGGGACCGUUUGCUCUUCUCUUCGGUUGCCUACCUAGGUUGUGCUGUCACCAAAUAUACGGAGGUGGGCUGAGGUGGGUUGCAGAUGAUUUGGUGUGUUUACAACAGUUAGCCGUGUCAGCGUAACGGCACUGCGACGGGACGGGACGGGAGACGAGACAGUAGUGUAUUUACUGCUCCUCUCCAUACAGAUUUGCCAUGCUGAAGUAGGCAUCGUCGAAACUCUGUGUGCUUUGUGGACUAUUGUUGAGACGACAAGAUUUAUUGUGUGAGUGCUGGCCAUUUUGUUUCAGUUUUUGAAACUCAAUGUUUUGGGUAACCUUGGGCUUCAAGUAUAGCCAUAGAAACAAAACUUUAUGUUGGGGGUUGGGGACAUGUUAUUUCAAUUACUACGUGCACCGACACAACUUCAGAUGAACAAAACCUUGCACGUCUUUCAUAUGUGAAGGAGUGAGAAAGUCAAGCGAAAUUAUCAGGACCGUGGCACGUUCCCACUCAUUUGUUUCUACCUUGUUCCCAAGGCAAUAGAUAGUGUGGCCUGUCUGAGAAUACUCUUGAUGUGAAACUUGCGCGUAGGACCAACGCGUUGUUCUGGCAGCACCCAACUACAAAGUAAUGUGACCUUUCUGUUUAAAGGAGAAGCUUUUGAGUCGCUUGCAGAAGGCCACAUAUGCAUUCCUCUUUACAUUCACAGCUUCUCAGGAGCAAAUGCUAAUGCAGUUAAACAGGUAACUGUAACUGGGAUUGGUCUCCAAAUUUUGGGUGAACCUGGAAAAACAAUGCUUUGCAAAAAAUAAUCAGUCAGGUUGACUGUAAACCGACCCAACCCCAAUUUUUUACAUAUUCUUUUUGACAAUUGUUCAAGUAAUUAAUUCAGUUAGGUUCUGAGAAGAAUUGUUUUUUGGAAGGAAACCCUAAAUAUUUUAAGGCCCUUCAAUGAAGAAUAAUAUAAAGCAACACUCCUGGUAGUUGUUUUUUGAAGCACAUGCGCCCUUAAACAAUAGCUGUUAAAAUAGUUCAACAUUGGUGCUGUAAGUGGAAAGGUAAAUUGCUUUUAUAAAGUAGGCUAACUGUGGCUUAGGAAAAUCCUCCUAAACCAAAAUGAAUAUAUUUGCUCUUCAUUAAUGCCUGAAUAAUAAAGCAUAAAUACCUUUUUUGCUUUUUUUACAUGGUUUUUUCACUUACAGUAUGAAAUCCACUUCUUACGCUGGAGGCUUUAGUGCUUUAAAACACUUAAUGGGCAUUUCAUGGAAAACAAUCUGUGAAAUAAUGACAGGGCAAAUGGUUGGAGUUAAUGUAAAAAUAGAAGCUGCCCAGUUUUCCACUUGUCUCUGCCUUAACUGAUGUCGGGUGUGUUUAAUCCCCUGUAAUGUUCUUGUUUUAAGCACGUACAAAUGAUUAAGAGGAACACUCCUUGGUCACUGUGGCCAAACAGGCUGGGGCUCUGAGUGUUUGUUAGCUUUUUCACCCUGCAGAAUGAUGGUCGAUAGAACUGUGCUGUAUCCAGAGCGCUAAAGGAGAACGCAAGCUCGAGCUGUCGCCAUGACGAGCAGCAUUCCAACGCCGGCUGACACGGUGACCCAGGGAUCCGUGGCUUUUUGCACGCUGUGCCUUAGCAGCUAUCCUCUGGCCGCAACAAGCAAACUGCAUGCGUGCGACUGUGUCUUCUGCACUUCGUGUUUGCAGCAGUAUGUGCAGCUGGCAGUUCGAGAGGGCGGGGGUGCCCCUAUCACCUGUCCCGCCAUGCCAUGCCUGAAGAACGGAAUUCUGCUGGACUCAGAGAUCACAGACUUUGCUCCAGAUCAAGUUCAGCUCUACCAACGGCUGAGGUUCGAACACGGAGUGCACCAUGACCCCAGUAAGACCUGGUGCCCGGUGUUGGAGUGCCAGUCAGUGUGCACCAUCAAACCCAGCCCGGAGGGCCGGCCCAUGUCCGUGCCAUGCCCCACCUGCUGCACCGUCUUCUGCUCUCAGUGCAGGGGACCCUGGCAAGAUGGGCACACCUGCCCAGAGCGCCAGCUGCUGACAUCAGUGACGAACCCGGAGGGCAGCGUCCUCCUCAGCAGCGACCCUGACGCGCCCGUCAAACAGUGCCCCAUGUGUCGGGUCUACAUUGAGCGGAACCAGGGCUGUGCCCAGAUGCUGUGCAAGAGCUGCAAGCACACUUUCUGCUGGUACUGCCUCCAGAACCUGGAUGGUGACAUAUUCUUGCGACACUAUGACAAGGGGCCGUGCAGGAACAAGCUUGGGCACUCCCGCGCAUCUGUCAUGUGGAACAGAACACAGGUAGUGGGCAUCCUGGUGGGCGUCAGUGUCAUCGUGCUGGUGACCUCCCCUCUGCUCCUCCUGGCCUCACCCUGCAUCAUGUGCUGCGUUUGCAAGCCCUGCCAAGGAAGCAAGAAGAAGAAGAAAAAGAAUGAGCUCAGUCAACCUGAUUCCACUGUAUAGAAGUGUACACAUCCACCACCCUGCACUCUCACACCUGGUCCUCCUCCAAGCCCAUGCGCUAAUUUUCUACAAUUUAUAAACCAGCUUUGCUGGGUGCAGAAGUGCCUUCUACAUAGUGCCUGUAUAUGAUGGUCCAGAUUUACUUUGCCUUCCAUUCUAUUAUGCAAAAAAAAACCCGAAUAGCAGCACAAGAACAAGUAAAUGAAGUACUACAAAAAUGACCAACAUUAUUUCAUGUUGUGAAAGUGGGUACUGUGUUAUUAACUGGAUUGGAUUCCGGGAUAUAGAUCAUUAGGGCCAUCAGCAGUCUUGCAUUAAAAUCAUUCCUGCCUCAACUUUUCAUGAUUACAGUUGGUUUUCAAUACCAAAGGCUAAUGGUGAACAUAUGUGUGUGUGUGUGUAUGUGUGUCUCUGUGUGUAUGCGUGGUGUCUUAUAUUGUUCAUAGUAUUCUAUUGUAUGCCUGCAUAAUAUAUUUUGUAACUUCCUUAUGAAUUAAAUAAAUGCCAAGUAUUGA